AUGGAGUCAGUAAAGAAGAAAAUCCAGGCGCUGCAGCAACAGGCGGAUGAUGCGGAGGAUCGCGCUCUGGCCGUUCAGAGGGAGCUGGAUGUGGAGAAAGAGCUGCGAGAAACAGCUGAGGGCGAAGUGGCAUCUUUGAAUCGUAGGAUCCAGCUGGUGGAGGAGGAGCUGGACCGGGCCCAGGAGAGACUGGCCACGGCCCUGCAGAAGCUGGAGGAGGCCGAAAAAGCUGCAGAUGAGAGCGAAAGAGGCAUGAAAGUGACCGAGGACAACGUGAUGCGAGCCGCGGGGACAGCCAGCUACCAGCCACGGGGACGAGGCAGAGGACGGAGGACCAGAGGACCGGAGGACAGAGGACCAGAUUCGACCAACGUUGAAUGCUGGAGAUGCCACCGUAUGGGACACAUUUCCAGGACGUGUCCCAACAACAACCUACCUGACGAGAGGAGACGAGAUCGCAGGAGUGACACGCCACGCCGGGGAAGACAGCGGGACUUGCAGCGCCGCAUUAUGUAA